CGCCCACUGCCCACGCCCCGGACCAGGUAGCGAAGGUUCCCGAUUAAGUGUUCGACAGAGGAACAAGCAAUCAGUGCGCUCGGUUACCUAAACAUGCCCAACAGUCUGAAGCUGUGGUUUUAGGGCAGCCACUCUUCGGGUCAACACUUCGCGUUACGGAAUGGUGUAAAGUAGUGAAGUCCUCAUCUCCUUGGUCCUGAAGAUCGGGGUGAUCAUUCGUCAUGGCGAACAGACGCAGGGGCGCAACCGACGGGGACUUCUCGUACGUCAGCCGAGUUGUGAAGUACACGCUCUUUCUGUUCAACAUGAUCUUUUGGGUCAUCGCCCUGGUGAUGGUGGCCAUCGGGGUGUACGCCCGUGUGUCCAAGCAUGCAGAGACGGCCAUGGCCUGCCUGUCCGUGGACCCGGCCAUGCUGUUGAUGGUGGUGGGGGUGCUGAUGUUCCUCAUCACCUUCUGUGGCUGCGUGGGCUCCCUGCGCGAGAACAUCUGCCUCCUGCAGAUAUUCUGCGUCUUCCUCAUCCUGAUCUUCCUGCUCCAGCUGGCUGCUGGCAUCCUGGGGUUUAUCUUCUCUGAUAAGGCGAGGGCUAAAGUGACGGAGCUCAUCAACGACGCGGUCAUCCACUACAGGGAUGACCUGGAUCUCCAGAAUCUCAUUGACUACGGUCAGAGAGAGUUUGGCUGUUGCGGCGGCACGGCGUUCACAGACUGGCAGCACAACAUGUACUUCAACUGCACGCCAGAGAACCGGAGCCGGGAGCGCUGCUCCGUACCCUACUCCUGCUGCCUCAUCUCCAAGGACGAGGCCGUGAUCAACACCAUGUGUGGCAGCGGCCUCCAGCUGCAGAACUUCCUGGAGGCGGCGGAGUUGAUCUACACCAACGGCUGCAUCGACAAGCUGGUGGACUGGAUCCACAGCAACCUGUUCCUCCUGGGGGGCGUGGCGCUGGGGCUAGCCAUCCCCCAGCUGGUUGGGAUCAUGCUGUCGCAGAUCCUGAUCAACCAGAUCAGGGAACAGAUAGAUCUCCAAAACUACAACCACAGGCACCAGUCGGACCCCUGGCUCUGAUGUCGGCCCCCGGGACCUGACAGGAGAACCAGGAACAGUUAACAAAAGCAACCGAGAUCAGCAUGAGGGCUCUUGCUGGUUUGAGAGGACUCUUCUUCUGGUGUCUACUUGCAACAUAUUGGAAACUUUUGGUGAAUUUCCCCAAGGAAGUGACGGGACUGGAACGUGACUGAACAGAAACAGUGUUUACACGAAGCGUCUGGCUGGUCUUGCUUUGCCCCCUGGUGGAUGAAAACGGGACUUGACUUAAUCGCUAUUUUUCAGAACUCGACUAAUUUCCAGCCUUAUUUUGUCUUCCAAAAGACUCCAUUAUCCCCGCUAGAUAGAUGCACGUCAUCUGCACAUCUGUAACUAUACAUUUAGGUGUAAUGCAAAUGAUAGUGAGACAUUAUGUGUUAUUACAAGGGAUAGACAUUUGGUUGUAUUUUUUUUAAAAGCUAUUUUUGUAAUGCACAUUACUUUUAAGGCAGAUCGGGUGGUUUAUUCUGUCCUCUGAGCUUUCACAACGCAUUGGAAGACAUUAAGGAGAUGCCUGAAAAAACUGACUUUAUUAAGAUUCAUUUUAAUAUUAAUCGUUUUUAUAUUUAAAUGUUACACCAACGAUGCAUCUAAUCAUUAAACUUUUUCAGGUAUGACUGAAGCAAAGGAUUUUCUCUGUUCCAGUUUUCACAAAUUGAAAAGUAGAUAUUGAAUUAGUUUUGCUCCCAGAAAAGCUUGAAAACACUGGACUAGUUUUAGUUUUAAAUCUGCUGGCUGAUUAAUGAGAACGAGGGCUUUAAAAAGUUAUUUUAAUUGUGCCCCCAGUAUUCCGUCUCUCUGCCUGUUCAGGCUCCUGGAACUAGCCCGCCUACUGGUGGCAGGUUCGGUUCACUAAAAAACAGCACAUUGCCGAAGCAUCACCUCAGCACAAGCUGAAGCUUAUUCCAGCACGGAACACACUGGUAGGAUGAGACAACUCUUGUUACACGAUUAUUUGCUGAGGUUCACUCAACACUUUGUGUUCAUUAUUUAGGAUUUUGUUAUGUUUGACAAUUUGAUUUAUCAUGGAGAUUAAUGUAGAUUAAUGUUCCCGUUGACCCUCCUCAUUAAUUUGCAGGUCAUAGAUCAUAUUACAGAUUAAUGGGAGAUUAAAUAAGGCUCUAUUUGAAAAUAGUUUUUUUAAGCAUAACCGUAACACAGAAUAAACUGCUAAAUGACAGAUCUUUAUUGUAAUUAAAACAUACACAAUACAAAUAUG